ACUUCUCAAUGGUGUGCGAAUAUAGGUUUGCAAUUAUCUGGUGGUUGGGUAAUACAUACGCGAUUGGACAUGCGCAAUUUGCUUAUUUUUUGCGAAUAUGCGAAUUUAGUCUUUGAGUUAGAAAAUUAUGUUCUGAAGUUUCUUAUUGCGGUUUUUUUGCGGUUUCCCUUCAAGGGUGGACCGUCACAUUGCGUCACAUAUUAAAUAUAAUUAUUAUAUAGUUAUAACAAUUAAAAUGUUUACCUUUAGAAAAAAAUAAUAAAUUAAUCUUCAUUGAAGAAUACCCUCUAAUAUGCGUACUCAAUUCGUUGUGAUUGAGAAGCGUAAAUAACUUUACAACGCACAAAAAAUAUUUGAUCGAUUAGCACUGUGGAUUCCUUUUUUAUAAAAAAAAAGUUGAAAAAACUAAAACUGAUCCAAUGUCUCGGAGAAAUCUUUGCAAGAUAUACAGUAAUAGAUAUUCAAUAUUAAAAAAAAAGAUGGCUGUAUUUACUGGCUCACUUAUCAUUAAAUUUAAAGAAUAAAUCAUAACGAGUUUCAAACGUCCAAGGUUUUUUCUAAGACUGUACUUAAGAGAGUAAAUAUUGACAGAUAAGCAACAUUUCUUUUAUCAGUGUUAUACACAAUUAAUUUAAGAACGGUCCACUUUCGACCCAGUCACAAAAUGCCUGGAAAAAUUUUAACUCGGCCUAACCUAAGUUCCAUCCCCCUUUCCACCAUGGGUGAAUUUUGCUUUCAAACGGCAAAACAAUUUGAAAAUCGAAUAUGCCAUAUUGACGCCAUCACCAAUCAACACGAAACCUACUUUGGAUUCAAUCAAAGAAGUAUCAGAGUAGCUCUUGCGAUGACGAAACUCGGAGUGGUACCUCAAGAUGUGGUGGUAAUCUGUAGUACCAUAACUCUAGAUACACCGGUACCACUGGUAGCGUCUUUUUAUAUCAGAGCUAUAGUAGCCAAUUUAGAUCCAAGUUUGUCAGUGAGGCAGACAUCUCACUUGCUAUCUUUGGUUUCUCCAAAAAUAAUUUUCGUGGAAGAAGCGUCUGUCAAUUUAAUUGAAAAAAGUUUAUUAGAGGCAAAACUUGAAACAGAAGUCGUAGUUUUUGGGGAGUCUGAGAAAUAUAAAACAUUUUCGUCGUUGAAUCAACCACAAACUAACGAACAUGAAUUUCGUCCUAAAUCUGCAGAUGUUGAAGAAACCUGUAUUUUGAUCUUCAGUAGUGGUAGCACAGGUCUUCCAAAAGCUAUCUGUCAUAGUCACCGUAGCUUUUUAACAGCGUCAUACAACUUUUAUAAAUCAGGAAGUAAAUUCGACACUAUUCUCUCCUUUUCUUCUUUCUACUGGGUUUCGGCAAUGAUUUUUCUGGUUACUUCUUUCAUACAUGGUGGCCGGCGAAUCCUUUGCGGUAGUACUGUAAAACCUAAACAACUUUUCCACAACAUUGAAAAAUACAAGAUAACUUUUAUAUUUUUGGCCCCUGUUUUAACCUACGGCGCCACAAAUUUCCCCGAUUACAAAAAUUAUGACACAUCUUCGCUCUACACGGUUUUGUGCGGUGGUACCGCUAUAAGUGCCACGCAACUGCGUAAAGUACACACCGUUUUUGAGCAUUCCGAUGUUAUUUUCGCUUACGGUUUAACCGAAACCGGUUUACUCACUUUAUUUGAUCCCACAACAGACAAAGAGCUCAUAACUCGGAAAAUUGGUUGUUGUGGAAAAGUCACUUUCGGAUGCACCCUCAAAAUUGUAGACGUGGAAACUAAUGAAAUACUAGGUACGAAUCAAAAGGGCGAAAUCCGCCUCAAGUCUUCGACGAUGAUGAAAGAGUACUAUCGGGCAGACAGUUCGCAAGAUUUUGACGAAGAAGGUUUUUUGAAAACUGGAGAUAUAGGAUACUACGACGAAGACGAAUGUCUGUAUGUUGUGGACAGACUCAAAGAGAUGUUCAAGUACUUGUCGUGGCAUAUAGUACCAACCGCCAUUGAAAAUGUUUUGUUUGAACAUCCGGGAGUUAAAGAAGCUAUAGUUUUCGGUUUACCAAAAAAUGAAGAAGAAGGAGAAGUACCGACUGCUAGCGUUGUUUUAGAAGACGGUUGUCGAGUUACCGAGAAAGAAAUUGAAGAGUUUGUAGCCGGAAAAGUCUCAGAUAAAGAAAAGCUCAGAGGUGGAGUUUAUUUUGUGAAAUCAAUCCCUCGAACGCCGACUGGAAAAGUGAUGCGAAAGAAAAUUCGAGAUGAUUUAAUUCAGAGUUUGGAAAUAAAUAAAUCAUUCAUCUUCAAGCUAAUACAAAGUAAAGUCAGAAUGACAGACGACAUUCUAGAAGGCUCAGCCCUAAAGCACCAUGUUACUUCUAGCAUGGGACAAUUUUUCUUCGAUCAGGCAGAACGCUUUAGCGAUAGAAUAUGCCAGAUCGACACCAGAUUGAAUAAAAAAGAAACGUAUUCUGAUGUUAAACAAAGAAGUGUUAGAGCAGCCCUCGCGCUGCAGAACAGAGGUGUCAUUUCAGAGGAUGUCGUAGUACUGUGUACUAAACUCACUCUUGAUAAUGUCGUACCAAUCGUGGCUUCAUUUUUCUUAGGUGCUAAAUUAGCAAAUUUAGAUCCUUCGUUGUCUGUACGACAAACCACACACUUGUUGUCUUUAGUAUCACCGAAGAUAAUUUUCGUGGAAGAAGAAUCGCUGGGGUUAAUUGAAGAAAGUCUGGCUUUUGCAAAUUUGAAAGCUGAGAUUGUUGUUUUUGGAAAAUCUUCAAAGUACUCGACUUUUUCGGAAUUCGUUAAACCGCAAGAAAAUGAAAAUAAGUUCAAACCUACUAGCGUGGACAUUCAUGACAUUGCGGUUAUUUUUUUCAGUAGUGGUACCACCGGUCUUCCAAAGGCGAUCUGUCACAGCCACCAUAGCUUCUUGAAUGUGGGAUACUCUUUCAUUCAAUCUGGUAUAAACUGUGACGUCAUUUUGUCCUUCACAUCGUUUUAUUGGGUGUCUGCAAUGAUCAUUCUCACCACUUCGUUCAUAGUCGGAGGUCACCGCAUCUUCUGCGGUCCGAUGGACGCUGAAAAAACUUUCACAAUAAUAGAUAAAUACAAAGUAACCAUGUUAUUCUUAGCCCCAAUUCUCACUUACAAACUCACAAACUUUGACGGUCGUCAUUCCUACGACACCUCCUCUCUCAAACACAUCACAACCGGAGGUACUCCGAUCAGUGCCACCCAGUUAGAACGCAUAUCUACCGUUUUCAACCACUCCGACAUACUCUUCGUCUACGGCUGUACGGAAGCUGGCAUCGUAAGUACAUUUAACCCAAUCACGGAGCAAGUACUCAUGCGUACCAAACUCGGUUCUUGCGGCAAGGCAGCCCCCGGUAUGACCAUCAAGAUUGUUGAUGUAUCCACCAAUCAAACACUCGGAGCUAAUCAAAAAGGCGAGGUUUGUGUGAAAUCGUGUACCACGAUGGAAGGGUACUACAAAGCUGCCAGUACCGCAGCUUUUGACAGUGAUGGUUUUCUGAAAACUGGCGAUAUAGGAUACUAUGACUCCGACGGGUGUUUGUAUGUUAUUGAAAGACUGAAAGAGAUGUUUAAGUAUUUGUCUUGGCAUGUGGUACCAUCGUCGAUAGAGGCGGUACUCCUUGAACAUCCUGGGAUUAAGGAAGCUGUGGUUUUUGGGACACCGAAGAGCGAAGAAGAGGGAGAAGUGCCGACGGCUUGUGUUAUUUUGAAGGAAAAGGGUUGUGUGCGGGAGGAAGAAAUUGAAGAGUUUGUGGAGAAGAGGGUUUCGGAUUACGAGAGGCUGAGAGGAGGGGUGAUUUUUGUUGAUGAGUUGCAGAAAACCCCGAGUGGGAAGCUGAUGAGGAAGGAAAUUAGGAACAAUAUCCUACGGGAAACUACAAAGCUAUAAUUGUUGUUUCAGUUGUUGAGGUUUAAAUUUUAAUCUGUUUGGUGUUUUGAUGGCGGAGCCGGAUAUUUGUAAUUGUAGGUUUGAAAUUGAAAUCAUUGUGCAUUACGUAACGCUUGUAUUUUUAAUAUACCUGAAUUUAAAAUUCCUCUUCAUUGUUAUAAAAAAAUACCAUGCAAAUUUUAGAAGAAGCUGUAUAUUUUUUGAUACUCUAGUUAUAAUAAAAUAUUGAUGUGCUGGUUUUUCCUGUUGAUAUUUAUUCCAGUAGAAAGAUGUCAGUGAAAUGAAUAAUUAAUUUUUCAAAUUAAAUUUAAAUAAAAUCAACUCGAU